CCAGCAGCUGCGAGGUAAACACUUGGCAUCUGCCACGAUGUUGUGGGGUGCUGGAGCCUAUCUUGACAGCAUUGAGUACCAAUCCAUGUGAUUUGCAGUAGUUAAACCAUCAAAGUGCCCGUCUUUAGUGGAAUGGACCUGAAAACUGACCUGAGGCUUUGUUUGCUGCUCCCAUUGUUCUUUGUCCAUUGGACAGCCUGCAGUGCAGAUGCUUCUUUAGAAACCAAUCACAUUACAAAUUUCCUCUUGGAAGUUGGCCCACCACGGAAUUUACAGAUAAUUGAUCAUGGUCAUCUUGGAGAACUUCACAUACAAUGGCAGCCACCAAUUUUCUUCAAGACUGAAGAUGAGUGUCUGCUCUGGUAUGAGCUACAGUACUAUAGUCCGGAUCAAAAACGAUGGAAGAGAGUGACAACGAAACUCUUAAUGUUUAUUGUACACUUUAAUCUGGAGAAAGAAGUGAAGGUGAAAGUUCAAAGCAUUUUGACUGGCAAAUGCAUAAAUGGCACAGAAUUGAGAAGUGUUUGGGUUGAAACAGUUCUUCAUCCUUCCUUACAAGGGAAUGCCGGUUCCAAAAUUAAAAAUAUGUCUUGCAUGUACUAUAAUCGGGAACGUCUUGAAUGCAGGUGGCAGAAAGGGAAUGAAGUCCCCAGUCAUGGUUAUAAUUAUUACUUGUACUACUGGCACGAGAAAAUGGAUCAUGCAUUGGAAUGUAGCAACUAUAUAAAAUCUGAUGGGUACAACAUAGGCUGCAACUUUACUGGUGCUUACCUCAUUGAGUUCACUGACUUGAAUAUAUGUGUUAAUGGUUCGUCCUCACAUGGAAACAUGAGAGCUGCAUAUUUCACAUAUGAACUUCAGAAUAUAGUUAAAGUGGACAUGAUAGAUAAAUUGAAUUUAACUUUAGAAAAUAAAAGAAUACACCUGGAAUGGAGUGUGGCUUCCUCCAAAAUCCCACAUCAUUGUUUGGAAUAUGAAGUUCAAUACAUGAAAAACACAAAAGAAUGGAAGGCAAUAUUCACAGAUGAAACUAAAAUCUCUUUAUUCAAUCUGCAUCGCUGGAACUCAUUGUGUUUCAGAAUAAGGAGCAAAAUAAAUAUGUAUUGUGCUGACAAUAACAUCUGGAGCGACUGGAGCCUAGUAAAGUGCUUGUUGGUUUAACUUCACUCCUAUGCUGUUGGAUUCCUUGAACAUGUUAAUUCUUUUGUGUUAAUCCCUUUAUAUUGUGAGGACUGAAUGCACCAUGAUUACUGAUGAGAAGUGUAAAAAGAUUGCGUGCUCGAAAAUAUGUUAUAGUCCACGAGCUAAGGUCGGCAGUGCACCAUGGCUCUUAUUCUUUAAUCUAUGGCCAUUGUUUUGUUCUGUGCACUGACAAAUAGAUACAAUAUCAUGUCUGACAAGUGUGCGAGGAUUUUAGAAACCACAUCCCAAUUUCUCUAACAGCAACUGGAAUUACAAAAGCAGUUCCACUGGAUUGACCAUUCAUAGCCUGUCAUUGACCUUGCUUUUUAUAUUAUAUACCUCAUGUAAUGUAUAUACUGUAGAAUAGUAUUUAAAUUAAACAAUUAACUGUAGUCUUCUUCCCUGAUAUCAUAGACAUGCACUUUCAUUCAAAGUGGAAUUACAUGCUCAAAGAAGGACCAGAUAAGUUUUGUAAAAGUUUUCAUUUUCAUUCGAUUCACAUUCAGCCUUACAGUCAUUUGUAAAAUUCACAGUUGGGAGUGUGUGAGUAAAAUAUAGCAUAACGUUUAUAACGUUUAUAUAUGUUCUGUCAACACUGUAACCUCAAAUGAAGAAAGGUGGGCACUAGGUGAACUGUAUGGAUAGAAGAACUCUGUAGCUUUUAUAAAAAUAACCUCUGGCCAUUACAGUUAUCACAGAGGUGCACUGAUUACAAUAAUCGCUUAAUAUACAAUUAUCUACUGAUUUAUAGAAAAAACGUAUAUAGUGUAUAUGGUACACUGUUUAUAUAUAUUAUAAACAGUUUUCAUCUCCUUGGAAGUGUUCACUUUUUAUUAUGAUAUAACAUUGAAUCACAGUGGAUUUAAUUUGGCUUCUUUGACAUUCAACAACAGAAGAAAGACUCUUUAAUGUCAAAUUAAUUACAAAUAUAAAACACAAAAUAAUUGAUCACCGAAGUAUUCA